ACAUGGAAUUUUAACAGCUACAAACAUAAUGGAGAAAAUCUUUGAAAUCGAAGACUCUGAAUCUCAAGAAAAUACUGAACCUGAGAAUGCGGAAUUACACGCACCUGCAAACACUGAAGCACGCGCAUCUGCAAACACUGAAGCUCGCGCACCUGCAAACGCAAAAUCACGCCAAAGAAACAAUGAAACAUUUACCACAACAACACAGGAAAUACAAGGUCACGAAAGUGCAACUCCUCAAAACGCCCCUUUAGAAAAUGUAAGUGGUGCUGUUGCCAGGGGUAACGAGAAACUGCUUAAUAAUGGUUCGUCUGAGAACCAACCGGAAACUGCGACACGUCAUAAUGAUGACGACAAAAAGUGUUCUGGGAAUGUAAAUGGGGAUGAAAGCCAAGGCAGACAACAGAACGUGUCAACUAUGUCGUCAAGCGGAAGUAAACGGGCAAAUUCAAAGCAGACGACACGUGAAAGUCCCGCAAGCCGUGAUGAACAUCUAAGGGAACAGAAAAGGCUAAAGGAGGAAAAUGAUAUGUUAAAACAACAAUCUUUAUGUACAAAGUGUCAUGUUAAUGACGUCUGUAUCGUUUUCUUACCAUGCGGACACCUUGUCUCGUGUGAAACUUGUGCACCUACUGUACGAUAUUGCACGGUGGUCACGUGCGGCAAAUAUAUUAAAGGUACCGUGCGCACGUACCUAGCUUAAAGAACUUAAAGAAAGAAGGACAGCUUGAUAGAAAAUGCAUAUAUACAUGCACUUAUAAUUAUCUUAUAGAUAAAGAAAGCCAAUGUAGCAUAACAUAACAACGGUUUGGUAAAGAAAAAAGUUAUUAUGCUUGUUCAGGAAAACCUUACCGUUCUUUUCCAGCCUUGACUUAAAAAUGAUGGAAAUGUUUGGUGAAUAAGGUGUGGGUAGCAUUGAUAUAUAAUCUAAGUUUCAAAUUAUUUGUUAUAAUACAAAGCACCAUAUUACUGUAGAAAUAAUGUGUAUUUGUUAUUUUUUUUACAUUACAUUUUAUCAUUUUCUUUUUAUUCUUUCAUUCUGUACAUAUUGCGCACAGUGACACUGGAGAUAAAGGCAAGACAUGCCCGUUUGUAAAUAGUUUAUUUUCUUUCAAAGCGUAUCAUGUAGAUUUAAGAAAGUUAUAAUUGUCAACGUACAUAUAUAUGUUACUUACAUUGAAUAUUUGUUAAGCAUAUAUUGAUCAAAGAUAUUAACUUUUUUAACGUCAAAUAGCAGUAUCAACAAAUCUUGUAGUACGUAGUGUUUUUACUUAUAAUGAUA